CAGCCACCCGCUCGGUCGCGACAGGCCUGGCUGUCGCAGGGGGCAGCGCUUCGGGAGCCCACGCGUGCUCCCUCGUUGAAUUCGGAGCCUCAAUUAGCUGGCACGAGAGGUGUGUAAUUAAGCCGGGAGUUAUUAACGGGGCAGAGCCCCCGGUGUCCCUCGUUGCCGUCGGUGCCCGCGGGGGUGGCGGCCAGACGCCGUUCAUUAGCGGGGCUGGUGCGGGGCGGGUGGCCGAGGGGAAGGGGCUAAUGGGAUUUCACGCAUUUCUGCACGGUGGGGAGAGGGGCUGCUGCCGCAAGACCAAUAACUUCUUGGCAGAUGCUCCUCCGGCGAGCGGGAACGUUGAAUAUUCAUGCAGUGCCCCCGGGUGCUUCAGUCCCCUCCGAAGGGACCUAGCUCGGUGAUUUUGUCCCCAUCGGGCCACCGGCCUGUUGCAUGCCCUUGUGCCAGGAAUAGAGGCACACCGCACCGGGAAGCACUGGGAUCCCUCAGCUCCGAAGUGCGGCCCAGAGCUCCGCUCCCCCGGCCCCGCCGCCCUAUGAGCCCCGCACAGUUCGCUCGUUUGUAACCAUAAACGGGAGAAAUAUCGGUGCGGGUGAAGUUUGCGCCGUGCCGCGGAUCCCGCAGCGCCGGGCACUUUAUACUCAUUAAGUGCAGCGGCGCUAAGUCAUUACCGUAAUAAGGAGUUAUGCUGAAUACAAGGGGCCACGUUUCCAAAGCCAUAAAUUACAGCUGUCAGUGCGUAUUCUAGGGAUCAACGGAGCUGGGAGUAAUUAUUUACGGCGUGCUUUAUAGAGCAAUUAAAAAUUCCCCAAAUAGUGUUAAUUGCUUUCAGGAAGAGCGGCCCACCCUUUCCGAGCCCGAGGAAAGCCGUUGCCCGCCCGGCCCCAACGGGGCGGGGGUUUUGGGGGGCCGUUGCUCGAUGAGGGAAACGAGAUUCGGAGCUGAGAAACCCGCACGGCUUCGGCUGCUGCAGGGAGGGGAAGGGAAGGCGCUCUUCUCGGCCUCUGUCGCGACAGAUCGCGACGGACCGAGGCGUGGCUGCUCUCCAAAGGGGCGCGACUCGGCCCCGCAUGUGCUGCCUUCGGUAAUUGAUUUCACAGGGGAUGGGGAGGGAGAGAGAGAACUUCGGCGAGUGAUGGAUGUGCGGAAGGGUGAAUAAUCGCCCGGGGCCUGGAGAGCCCCCCAGGCAAAAGAAAUGAACGAAUUAAGGAAGGAAAAAGGGAAGGAGACGCCCGGGGUUGGGGUGCCGGUAUUGAAGUGAGGUCUGCCCGCAGCCGCCGCUCGAUCCGAUUUUAGGAAAUAGCGAAGAUGUUGCAAGUUCCUGAAAGUGCUGCUCGAAACGCAGUCUUUGGAGGAAGAGCAGCGCUUGCUGGGACACUGCCAAAGUGCCAGGCGUGCCACUUUUGUCCCCGGUCCCCGCAGGAGGGCUUUGUGUUUCGCAGCAGCUGCCGGGCCGGGGGCAGCUCGCAGCGCUCCUGGGAGCCUCGAGCUCCGGAGAAGAGCGAUGUCCGACGGGGAGCCCUCGAAAUUCAGCAAAGCAGAAGGAAAUGGGAGCAGAGGGUGGAGGUCAGGCCCCGGUUGGGCUGUCCCUCUCGGCUAGCAGGAGGCAGAUGCACCGGAUCAAUGAGAAAACCUGAGAAAGGGUCCCAGAUCUUUGUGGGAGGGGAGGGAAGCAGUCUCGUCUCCACAACAGGGCUUUUCCCAGUCCCUAACCCCGAGCUGGGGUAAGGCUGAGCCACUGCUUUGGGAAUGAGCCUGUUCCUGCAGCUGCUUGAGGAUGGCUGAGGGGGAGCAAAAGUUUCAAGGCUGUGAGGAGCAUGUAAGGCUGAGCUGGCUGUCCUGGGACACCUCUGCCACCGGGCUGUUCAUUUGUAGGGGCACUGGAUGCACCUCAAAGUGAGUGCUGAUCCCCAUUUUCUCUCCUCUAGAGAUGUGAACCUGAAAGCACCAGGACUGGCCCUGACUUGGCCGGGUGUGAGAAAUUGUAGCACUGCGUGCAAAGCCCCCUUCAGUCCCAGAAUUGGAGAGCUGAAUGCUGGAGUGAGCUGCCAGUUCUCACAAGGCAGGGCAUUUCUAGAGCCUUGUGCUCUAUGGCUCUUUCGAGCCCCAGCCAUGGAAACUGAGGCCAGGAGCAGUUUCAGCUGGAGCAUCUGAACCAGGUGUUGCCAUGGGGCUGAGACAAGCAGUGCGCAAAUUCCCAAUGCUAUGAGCUGCAUGGCUUCCUCAAGGUUGCAGGUGAGGUCUGUAGCCUGUGCAGGAAUUAAAUCCUGGGGUUGUGCAUCAUCCCCAAACUCAUCAAUAAUUCCCAUCGACCUCCAGAGGUUUGAAACCCCAGCUGCCCCACAUGUAUAGGGGCAGGAAAAGAGGCUCAGGCUGGUCUCUGGAGAAGGAUGAAGGCAACAGCAGACUUGGGGGACUAGAAGGCCCCUGCUUGGGUGCAGCCCCCUGGACCCGCUGGCCCCAGCCCUCGCUCCCUCCCUCCCUUCCCAGCUCCUCCUAACCACAAGGACUUUGGUUGAUGGAGCUGGCGCCAGCGAGUUCCCUGAAGAGUUCAGAAGUCAAGAACUGAGGCAGGUAUGGGGAGGGGGGAAACCUGACCCCGGCAGGCGGGGGAUGAGGCGGCCAACUGGGCACCGAGCUGGGCAUGGGUCUGUCAGGAGCUGCUGCCCACUGUACCCCUAUAGUGUCCCCACAGUAUCCCUGCAGUGUCCUUGCUGUGGGGCUGUGGUGAUAAGAGGGCCCCCAGUGAGGGUCUUGGGGUGCCACAGCACCCUGAUGCUGGGAUGUAUGGGUGGACAGACAUGCAAGAAUGCAGCUGUGCAAGUGACUGUGGAGAUGUGGAAUUGUGGGGCAGCAUGAUGAACAAAAUACUCAUCUCCCCACAGGCAGGUGCAGGAGGUGGUGGUGGUGGCAGUGGUGGUCGUGGAGGCACAACAGAGGGAUAGGGAUAAAGCAGAACGCAGCUGGGGGCAGCGAGCACCCCUUCAGCCCUCGCCCUGGGGGGAGCAGGAGGAACCAGUUUGUGCCCUGGGCAAUGAGGCCCCACGGCAAAACCUCACAGCAAGGAAGGUAGGCCUGGGCCCCCACCACCUCCUCCUGUGCUCCCCCCUCCAAGGGCAGCUCCCUUCCAGGACAGGGCAUCUAUGGGGACCUUCCACCUGUGCCUCCAUUCAGGGGUUUGGCAAUAGGGGCACAUCCUCCUGCUCAGCUUUUGAGAGGUGCUGAGAUUUGAAACUGAGAAAACCCAUCUGGAAUAAGGGGAGAGGCAGAGUUCUAUCAGAGCCAUUGUUGCUCUUGUUUCUCAUGAUCUCCAGGACCAAAAGCCCCCUCCUGCCCCACACCAGGUCCCACUGUUGCUCCUUGGGGGAGAAGACUGUCUUCCCGAGUCUCCCUUGCCCACCACAACGUCUCUGCACUGCCCUGCACACACCCAGCGCAGCAGUGCUGCCUUUAUAGGGCUGAGCCGGCUGGUGAAUUUUUUUUUCUUUUCAAGGGGGGGCCGGGGAAGAAGAAACUCCUUUUCUCAUGUGCUCCUCUCCGCUGUCAUUCACUCGGCUCCUUUCAGCAUGCAGCCAAUGGAGAGUGAGGGCCUGGGAGCAGCAGGCCUUGGGUAGUGUGAUUGAUGGGCAAACAGGACGGAGGGGCUCUCGCACACGCACUCCGCAGCGCUCAGCUCCGCGCCGCGGGGCUCCGGCUCCACAUUGCCGGCGGGGGCUUCGGCUCCUGGUCCUCGCGCGUCGGUGCGUGGGUGCCUCGGGGGUGGUGGUGUCUUGGAUGGGGGCUCGAGGUGCUAUUGGAAUCCGAGGGUCUCGGGGUGUGGGCUGCGUCUAACGCGUGCGCCCCGGCGAUGCGUGGCUCUGAGUGUGGGGCUGGCUCGGAGCGGUCGUGCGUGGCUCUGUCGCGGUGUCCCGGGGCGCUCAGCUGCGGCGCGAUGGGUCUGAGAGCGUAGUGCCUGCCCGCGCCCGGCUCCUGCGUUCUGCUGCCGCUUUCUGGGGUCUGCGCCGCUGUGCCGGGGUCCGGCGGAGUGGCCCCGGGGCUCAGUGCGCGGCUCCGCUGCCGGAGAGAGGACGGACGGCGGAGGCAUGGAGCACCUCGGGGCUCACCACCUGCACCAAGGCCAAGCCGAGCCCAUCAGCUUCGGCAUCGACCAAAUCCUCAACACGUCGGAGCCGGGCAGCUGCAUGGUGUCCCACUCGCGGCUGCAGGACUCGGCCGAUUACGGCCUGGGUUGCAUCGUGGGCAGCGCCUACAACACGGUCACCGGCGGCUACGGGGCGAGCGGCGGCGGGGCCGGAGCCUACGGCGGCACUUCGUGCAGUAUGGGAACCUUGCCCGGCUCCUACAACGUGAACAUGGCGGUGAGCAUGAACGGCAACGCUUUGAGCUCGGCCGGGGGGGUGAUCCGCGUCCCGGCCCACCGCCCCGUAGCCGGCGGCGUGCACCAGCCCCUCUCCGCCGCCGUGCCGCCGGUGAACGGCAUGAACAGUCUGACGGGGCUCACCUUCCCCUGGAUGGAGAGCAACAGGCGGUACACAAAGGACAGGUUCACAGGUCACCCCUACCAGAACCGCACACCCCCCAAGAAGAAGAAGCCACGCACGUCCUUCACCCGCCUGCAGAUCUGCGAGCUGGAGAAGCGCUUCCACCGGCAGAAGUACCUGGCCUCUGCUGAGCGUGCAGCCCUGGCCAAGGCCCUCAAGAUGACAGACGCACAAGUGAAGACCUGGUUCCAGAACCGGCGCACCAAGUGGAGGAGGCAGACAGCGGAGGAGCGGGAGGCCGAGCGGCAGCAAGCGAACCGCAUCCUCAUGCAGCUGCAGCAGGAGGCCUUCCAAAAAACCAUCAACCAGCCCAUCCAGGCCGACCCCAUCUGCGUGCACAACUCCUCUCUCUUCGCCCUGCAGAACCUCCAGCCCUGGUCUGACGACUCCACCAAGAUCACCAGUGUCACUACCGUCGCCUCCGCCUGCGAAUAAGGGCCAGCAUCUGUGGUGUCCCCUUUGUCACAGGGCACACGUGCGUUCCAUGGAUCAUCCCUCUACGAGGACCAAUGGGGAAGGGAAAUUCGGCCCCCAAACUCUCCCUGCCUGCAGGACUGCAGAGCAGCAGCGGCUCGCCUCCCCCCAGCCCUUUUGUUCUUCCUAAAGUCUCUGGUGCCGGCCUCAAACUUCCUGACACGCUGCCAGACAAAGCUGAGCCCUGACAGACGUGGCCGCGGGCGAGUGCCCGGCUGGAGGAACUUCCUCUGUGUUCGGCAGGACUCGGGGCAUCCCACAGGACUACACGUAUAUACGAGGUGCGUCUGUAGGUACGCACUUCGGACUGACUGGAACAAAAGGACGCGGCUCCCUGGGAAGCGAGUUUGUGCAGCCAGGCAUCAUGCUGGGCUCUUGGCAGCUGGAGACGUUUGGGGAUGCAACAAAUGGAGAAAGCCACCCGUCUCUCGGCCUCCCAGCAGCAAUUUCUGCUGGCAGCAGUGGCGAGCCCUUUGGAUCUCACCUAGCAGCAUCUCCUCCCCUUUUUCAUUAUUUUUUUUCCUGCGAGGGGGGAAGAAGUGAAGGAACUGACAGCCUCCUGAGGACGGUAAAUGUGAUAUCUCAAUUGCGCCAAGAGCCCAAACUGUCCCUGGCCGCCGUGGCCACGGCGUCGAUCAGCCUGGGCUUUAAUAAUGAGGAGAGCCCGGCUGGGCAGGGCUGCUGCCGCUCUGUUCCGUGGGUUAUUUCCAUAUCAUUUGCAAAGCGUGGCCCGAUGGGUUGUUUUGCCCGUGUCCCUUUAUGAGGUGGUUUGCGAGGGCGAAAAUUGAUUUCACUUCUGACUUUGUUGUUUCUUUAAUUGUUCUGAGGGAAUGAGACACAAUUAAGCAAAGCACUUCCUAUAGCAAACGCCGGGAAUAUAUAGAUAUUAUAUAUACAGUAUAUAUUUUUCAGUUACUUAUAAUCUAAAACAGCACUGCCAAUUUAAACAGCUAGUACAAGCAAGCGAGCAGAAAACCUAUUUUCAGUGAGAUUUUUUUAAAGCUUUUUUUUUUUUUUUUAAGUUAUGCACUUAUAAGGUGUUUUCUGUGUAUUCAUUUUAUAAAGUGCUUGUGUAAUUUAUGUGGAAACGAAAAAUAAAAGA